GGCGUGAGGGCCGGAGCCAGCCGCUGGCACUGAGGCGAGCAGCGCCGGGAUCGCCAUGGCCUCGUCCCGCCGGGCCCGGCUCCGCGGCCCUCCCGACGGAGGCUGGGGAUGGAUGAUCGUUGCUGGCUGCUUCCUUGUCACUAUCUGCACCAGGGCCGUGACAAGGUGCAUUUCCAUUUUCUUUGUGGAGUUCCAGGCAUACUUUGGGCAGGAUUACGCCAGAACUGCUUGGAUCCACUCCAUUGUCGACUGUGCUACAAUGCUUUGUGAGCCCACAAGGCCAGGGAGUUGUGAGGAAGGACACCUAAAGUUACUGAGGGUUGAAGUGCAAAUUCCAGCCCCGCUUGGGAGUUUAAUCAGUAAUCAUGUAUCCUGCCAAGUUGGUAUCAUGCUAGGAGGGCUGCUUGCUUCUACUGGACUAAUUUUGAGCUCAUUCGCCGCCAGUCUGGAACAUCUCUACUUAUCAUUAGGAGUCCUCACAGGACUUGGGUUUGCACUUUGUUAUUCUCCAGCCAUUGCGAUGGUGGGCAAAUACUUCAACAAAAGGAAAGCACUGGCGUAUGGAAUAGCCAUGUCAGGAAGUGGAAUUGGUACCUUCAUCCUGGCCCCUGUGGUCCAGCUCUUAAUUGAGCAGUUUUCCUGGCGAGGAGCUUUGCUCAUCUUGGGAGGUUUUGUUUUAAACCUCUGUGUCUGUGGUGCCUUGAUGCGGCCUAUUUCUCUUAAGGAGGAUUGUAGAACUGCUCCUGAGUUUCUUGAACAGAAUUAUGUCCCUGAAACAGAGAAACAAGACUUCAAGCGAACGUCCAUAUGUCCGCCUUUAAUCAAAUUAUGGCCUCAUGAAUGUUUAUGCUACUGUUCCUGGAAGGAAUAUGACUUUUUGCUGAUGCCAGGCUUCAUGGUGCUCGCAGUAUCAAUUUUAUUUAUGGCAUAUGGCUGCAGCCCUCUUUUUGUCUACCUAGUGCCUUAUGCUUUGAGUGUUGGAGUGAGUCAUCACCAGGCUGCCUUCCUCAUGUCCAUACUUGGUGUCAUAGACAUCAUUGGUAAUAUCACCUUUGGAUGGCUCACAGACAGAAGGUGUCUGAAGAAGCAUCGGUACUUUUGCUACCUCUUUGCUGUGGGAAUGGAUGGCCUAUGUUGUCUUUUCCUGCCAGUUCUCCAAAGCUUCCCCUUGCUUGUGCCUUUCUCAUUUACCUUUGGCUACUUUGAUGGAGCCUAUGUAACGCUGAUCCCUGUCAUGACAGCAGAUGUAGUGGGAACUUCUUUGUUAUCAUCAGCACUGGGUGUUGUGUAUUUUCUUCAUGCCAUACCAUAUCUAGUGAGCCCACCUGUGGCAGGUUGGCUUGUGGACACAACUGGCAGCUAUACUGCAUCAUUCCUCCUGUGUGGAUUUUCUAUGAUAUUUAGUUCAGCACUAUUGUGCUUUGCAAGACUAGCAAAGAAAAUCAAAAGAACACAUUUGCGGCCCCUCACGGGCAACAUGGGCUUGAAACAGCACAUCUGGACAAAUGGAGCAAUAGCUUAUUCUGUCACAGCAGAAUUAGACCAAAGGGAUGGUGAAUUUUUGGCUGUGGAUACAAACAGCUUCAGCAACAGGUGACAAGUGCUGUUGAGAUUCAGUAUGGCACAGCCCGAGGCAGAUGUGGCUCUGUGGUGGUUACAUUGUUGAAGAUACUUCUCCUGUGAAGCAAGACAUCUCUCAGUUAGAUUUUUCUGUCCUGUUUUAGUUGGCUUAAAUCUACAUACAGCAACAGUAAUACCAAGUUAAUGCAGUAAUAGAAAAAAGCUAGACUGAAAAUAGAGUUUGUAGAUACAAGCAUUCACAGAUUUAUUUGAAAUGCAAUGUUGGUUCCACAGGUAUCAGUCACCAAAACUGACCAAUAACAUUUACAUUUAAAAAUAUCAUUAAUGACACAAGAUUUUUCGUUUUGUGGUCUAGUAUGUUUCAAUGGACUAAUCACACACACCACGAAAAAAUCUCCACAUUUAUCAAUCUGCAUGAAACUCUUUGCAAAUGAAUUUUUCAAAUGCCAAAGUCAUCUGUUCGUUUUGCUUUUGUUGUUUUGGUUUUUUUAAGAAAAUCUGGCAGGAAACUGAUUUAUGCUGAAAGUGUCUCUGGAGCAGCUUUAAUUUUUACAAUGUGCCUGAACUUUGUACAUACAUUGCAAUUUAACUUCAAAUAUUUGAAGCGUGCUUUCCCACGUGCUCUCUAGCAAAUUUUACUUUUUUACUUUUUUCUUUUGGAUACUUUUAAAAUACUUUACUUUUGAAUUUCUAAACAUUGACAUUCUGGGUAUGAUCUUUCAGCUGAUCCUUGUCUUAGAGAGUGGAAAAUGUGCUGUGGUGGCUCUGCUAUCUAUGAAGAGGAGUGAAUUUGUGCCAUGGGACCAGGCAUGCUGAUAGAUAAAUGUGCUUUAACUGCAUUAGUUGGAAGAAGCCCAAAGGCAACCCAAGAGACCAGAGAGGCUCCUGUGUUUUCAAACACAGAGCCUCUUCCUCUUGUAAAAUCAGCAUCUAUUAGAGAACUUUAGAAUCCAUGCAACCAGAUGGCUGAGAGAUUGCCCACCCCACAGGCUGACAGUGGAGAGGAUGUUGGCAGAAUUGUUUCUGUGUAUUGCAGUGGCAAAUCUGUCUCUUUUCAGACCCAGAAGCUGCAUCUUCAUGUGGUGCCAAUUGCUCAUUUGUACCAUCUGAAGAGUUCUCAGGUCACUUUUCCUUGAUGGCCAGAACACAAGAGCUGGCAGUGACUUGCUGACAGUUUGCUGGUACUUGUGUGAGGAAAAUACUCCAGUUGGCUGCUCCACAGGAGCUAGGGAGUGAAUGUAGCUCCUGGAGUAACUUACUGAUGUGAUGGUCUAAUAAAUACUGGGAUUCUCUACAUUUCCAGAGUGAAAACAUCAGCAGCAAUGGAAAACUUCACAUUCCACAAUACAAAUAGUUUCAGUGUAUUGAUGCCACAUCAAGCUGUAUUCUGUUCAUUAACAAAUUGAUCUGAGUCCAAAUAAUGUUCAUUUACACUGAACUAGUAGUUUUUUUAGUCUGCAGUGUGUUGAAUGGCUGCUCAUUUUGUGUGUCUUUUCCACUCUGUGCAUUGUAAGUGAAAGCAACAUAGACUGAUGUUCACCAAUUUGAUUUAGACCAAGAGUACAGCCAUAGGAGUAUAAUGUAUUUAUAUAUAUACACACACACGCAUAUAUAUGAAUAACGUGUAUCAAGUAGUUUUAUUAUCCAAGUGUAUAAUAUAACACUUAUAUUUGAUACAAUAUAUUCAAAUAUAACAUAUUAAAAUUGUUUGUGUUUAAAUGAAGCGUUUUUCACUGUUCUGCUUCAGGAAUGUAGUCAGAGCCAGUAGCAUGAUCUAUGUGCACAGACCAUAGAAUAAAUGCGAGCAGUGCAAAAUCUACUUAAAGCCAAUGACAUAACUUUUCUUCAGCUCAGCAUGAAAAUGGAGUCUUGGGCCCCAGUUUAGUUUUUAACAUAUAUUCAUAAAAAAGAUAAAAAUUAUCCAUGGGUGUUUCUUAAUGAGUUAGGAAAAAUAUGCACAUUUGGGAAAAAAAUUAAUUGGUUUUAUUAGUACUGAUGAAGAUAAUUUUUUAGAACUUUAUACAAUAUUUUAACAUCAAAAAAAGUAGGGAAUAGUGUGGUCAACAAAAAACAUAAUUUAUUUUUAACAUGUUAUAAAUUACCACUGUAAAUAAAUUUACAAAAAUUUAAUAACUUUGUUUAUCACAUCACAACAUGUCACCUGUUGUUCAUGUCAGAGCUGCAUAUUGUAAAAGCCUGUUGGGAUAAUGCUAUGUGCAUUUUUAUCAUAGUAAAUUAUAGUGUGUAAUA